UCCGGACUCCAGAGGCUGAGAAUCGGGACUAGGGACGGCAGGGCUGGGCAGUGCUCUGCCCUUUCACUGGCUGCCUCCCUGAAACGUCCGUGAAGAGAGGCCAGCGAGUUGCCAUAGAAACAGUUUGGGGCGAGGCUGACGCAAGGGCCAAGGGAAGAGGAUAGAAGUGAUUGGUAGCUACUCGUAUCUCGUCGUCACUGGCUUCCCAUUAGCAUGUGCGCAGUAGGAGGGAAAAGCUCUAAAGGCCGAAGAAGGGUGACCGAUGAGGAAAUGGAAUAAUUCCUCUUUCGGUUCCGUGCUGCUCAGGCUUCGGGAAAUGGAGUCCCAACGGGGCUUGGGGGCCGAGUUAGAGGAAGUUGGCAGCGCCUGCGCGCCCUCGUCAGGACCAGCGGAGGAUGCGCGCGCAGCACCUUCGCCUCUCCCGGAAGUUUACGCUGGGCAACUGAAAAGGCUGUGGUCACGAUGGAGUUUCCAACUCCGUAAUCCAAGGACUAGACCCUGAGCCCACAAAGUCCAGGACAGUCUGCACAGGCAGUGGUGCUGCAGUAGGCUGGUCCCUCCUGUGUCCACCCACAUGAAAACCUGAUCCAGCAUGAUCUCCUUCUGUCCAGUCUGUGGCAAAGGUGUCAAAGGAUCAUUCAAGUUCUGCCCAUUCUGUGGCAAUUCCCUGCCUGUAGAGGAGCAUGCAGAAGCUCAGACUGGCCUUUCGCCUCCUGGGUCAUCCUUCCAAGGCUCAAAGAGAGGGCUGAACUCCAGCUCUGAAACCUCUCCCAAGAAAGUGAAAUGGUCGCCCACUGCCACUUCUCUUCCACCUUCUGUCCGUCCUGAGUCUGAAGAAUCCUUUAGUUCUCCUGAGAGAGCCACAGGUACCUGGAGCAGACCCCUGACCCCCAGAGGCAGCCCCCAAUCCUCCAGGCAAAGUCCUCAGACACUGAAGCGGAGCCGGAUGACCACCAACCUCCAGGCUUUGCCCACAGGGACAAAACUGACAGACAAGAAAGGGCAGCACUGGACACUGGGGGCCCUCCAGACCCGGGAUGACCAAGGCAUUCUCUAUGAAGCUGAGCCCACUUCUGCCCUCCCCUGUGAAUCAAGGACUGAGAAGUAUAGAUUCUCACUCAAACUGGACUCCAAGGAUGGGCGCCUUUUCAAUGAGCAGAACUUCUUUCAGAGGGCAGCCAAGCCUAUGCAAGUGAACAAGUGGAAGAAGCGAUGCUUGGUUCCGCUCCUGGCCAUCCCCACCUGCGUUGGCUUUGGCAUUUACCAGGACAAGUACAGGUUCCUGGUGUUCCCCAGCCUGGGGAGGAGCCUUCAGUCAGCCCUGGAUGACAACCCAAAGCAUGUGCUAUCAGAGAAAUGUGUGCUGCAGGUGGCCUGCAGGCUGCUGGAUGCUCUAGAGUUCGUCCAUGAAAAUGAGUAUGUUCACGGGAACCUGACGGCUAAGAAUGUCUUUGUGAAUCCCAGGGAUCUAAGCCAGGUGACCCUGAUGGGCUAUGGCUUCACCUUCCGCUACUGCCCGGGUGGCAGACAUGUGACCUACAAAGAAGGCAGCAGGAGCCCCCACGAGGGAGACCUGGAGUUCAUUAGUGUGGACAUUCACAAGGGAUGCGGGCCCUCUCGCCGUAGUGACCUCCAGACCUUGGGCUACUGUAUGCUCAAGUGGCUUUAUGGGUCACUGCCAUGGACAAACUGCCUUCCCAACACCGAGGAGAUCACUAGGCAGAAGCAGAAGUAUCUGGGCAGCCCUGAGCUUUUCGUGGGACUGUAUGGCCGCUGGAACAGGGUCUCAGAGACCCUGCAGGAAUACCUGAAGGUGGUGAUGGCCCUCAAUUAUGAGGAGAAGCCGCCUUAUGCCACGUUGAGGAAUAAUCUAGAAGCCCUGCUGAAGGAUCUGCGGGUGUCACCCUAUGACCCCCUGGACCUCCAGAUGGUGUCUUAGGUGGAAUCCAGGGCUUCUGACUUGCAGUUGAACUCGAACAUGAAGUAGUGUGUCUCCGCUGUUUGAUCUCAUUCGCUCCUGAAAGAACCCUUUGAAUGUGCAUUCUCGCCGCCCCUUUAGGACAUAGGACUCAGCCCCCUCAGUAUCGGGGGACCUGAGUCAUCUCCCAUAAUGUGAAAUGUCCUCAUCCCUCCGCCGUUGUGGAUGGAGGUGACUGGGUGCUGGUGGCAGCAGUGGCCACUCCCUAGGGCCCUCCUGCCAUGGGCAUUCCUGUGAUUCCAUAAUAAACUUUUUAAUCAACACCCAAAGCAUCCAGUGUUCACAGUUGAGGGAGAUCUUUCUCCUGUUCACCCAGCCAAUCCAUCUUUUCCUUAGUAAUUCUAGCUGGUCAGAGUGCUAGUAGAUACAUGAAGCCCCAGGGGCUAAGAGCUGCCUUAGCAUAGCAAGAAAAUGUCAAUCAAACAAAACCUUCCAGCUUGCUCAUUCCUACUUUCGUGAAGUCAGCCGCCCGUCCAGCCAGUGUUACCCUUCUUCAUCUCGCCACCUUCACACAGCUUUCUUUUCAUCCGUCCACACUUGCUUUCAUCAUUCAUCUUCGUGUCUUCCAUCCAUUUGCCUAGUGCUCCAUCCUGCCAGACGGUUUCUCUGUAGGACUCCUCCAACUUUUCUGGGAACUCACUUUAUAGACCAGGCUGGCCUCAAACUCACAGAGGUCUGCCUGCCUCUGCCUCCUGAGGGCUGGGUUUAAAGGCCUGCGCCACUGCCGCCUGGUCCUACCAGUCUGUGUACUCCUUCCACACCUCUCUUCAUCCUCAGCAACCUUCUGCCUGUGCAGGAGGCCAUGGGAUUCAGCAGGUGACAGCUAGUGUUCAGCAGGUUGACCCACCAGACUAUGAUGGGGAGCCCCAAUUGGCAAAGCCAUGGAGUUACAGGCUGUAAAUGACAGAGCUUCUGGCUCUGAUCUCUCAGGUGCCGCAUUCCUUCACCUACAACAGCUGUGGGUGCUUUUGCACUGCCUGUGUGUUUAUCUCACGUAUAAACUCCACCCACUGUGGACACAUUUAGCUGUGGAUGGUCAGGAAGGUGGUUUCUGCUGAGUAGAAAUAACACUAGGAUAUUUGACCUUACUCAGACUGGCAUAGGAAAGUAGUAGUGUUCUCUGUUACAAAGACAGCUCAUUUUAGACUUCAGAGCAAACUGGUUGCCCCUAGAAACAAAUACCUGAGGUCAUUUUCCCAAGUGUUUAUUGCUAAUUCAAGGUCAGAGCUUGAAGCAACUUAAGUAGACAUAACUUUCUCAGCAAUGGACUUGGUGCACACUCCCAACCUCAAGGUUCAGCCUUUUAUUGUCUAAGUCCUGAAUUUCAAUGUCACUUUCUGUCUAGGAAAGAGCUUUGUGCACAGCCAAGUCGUUGUGACCUCCCUGGCCUGAGAAAAAAUGUGAUUUAUCUUGUGAGAAUGGGUCGGGCCCCGAAAACGUAAUGUAACUAUCCAGAGUUUGGCUGAGAGAGGAGGUAUAUGGAGCUGUGCAGAGAACUGCUGUGUAAAGCACUGGGCAGAGGUAUGUGUGUGUGUGUAUACACGCGUGUGUGCGCUUAGGGGUGUAGCUAAAUGAGCAGAGAGACAAGUAUGAGGGAGGAGGUGAGAUGAGAGACAUGGCCUCGUUGAGAAUGCAACUGAAACAGAUGUAACUGUGGAGAUGCGGAAGGUAGACGGGGAAAGAGAUGGAUGAUGUGCAGGGGAGAGAGGCAGUAAAGAGAGCUGUAACUAUGUAAAGAGAUGUAACUGUAGAGAAAUGGUCAAGAAAGUAUUUAAAUUGAAGUAAAAGAGAAGGUUACCAUCAAGAAAGUGUGUGCUUGUUUCUUUUUUCUUAAGUUAUCAUCAGAAAUUGUAUGUUUCUUUAUUUACUCUCAGAUAGAAAAAGUCUAGCCCAAAGAUAGAGAAGAAAUAUUUCCUCAGUCCCUCACUGAUCUGAGAAGGCUUUCUUUUUGCUCCCCUGGGUGCAGUUCUUGGAGCUGGCCUCCCAGUCUGAAACACACCUGUACAUCUUCCACACCCAUUUUUUAAGGUUUAUUUUAUUAUGUAUAUGUGUGUCAAUAUGGAUACUGUGUGUGAAUACAUGUACCAGCAAAGAUCAGAUCCCCUGGAGCUGGCAUCCCAGGGGUUUUUGAGGAGCUCAGUGUGGGUGCUAGGAACGAAAGUUGGGUUCUCCACAACAGCAUAAGCACUUUCAACUCCUGAGUUAUUUCUUCAGCCCCCAACCUGUUCUCUUCACUGGGGGAUUCGAGACAGGGCUCGAACCGUGAGCCUCAGCCCUAGCCCCUCACUGUGGGGGGGGCACUCAUCACAAUGGCAGGAGCAUGUUGGAGAGAAAACCGUAUGGCGUACUAGUUAACUUUCCAUCACUAUGACCAAAGACCGUGUACACUGUGUAGACAGCUGAGGAAGAAGGGUUUCUUCUGGCUCCUUCACAGCGAUUGCAGUCUGUCCUGUGGAAUGAACAAGGUAGACCAAGAGAAACAGAGAAGGGUCUGAUACCCUGCUAGCUUUCUCAUUGUAUUCAUCC